AUGGAAUCCCCGACAGGUGCCGUCGCACCUGCCCGUGCGAAGGCUGCAAAUGAUCAAGGGGGGGUUGGUGAGUUUACUUUCCCGCCUUCGCCGCCUCUAGGGGUCAGCGACCUUGCAGGCGAUGCGCCCUUACCUCAGGUUUUCCCAGGCUGUGGCGAAUCUUCUGCAGGCAGCUUUAGUCGUGUCAGCUUUGGCAGUGAGUGUGUUGAGAACGACCUGCACUUCCCUCCGCUUGAGUUCCCAGAAGACUGGGAAGACGAUGCACCCGAAACUGCCACAGCUCGGACGCCUAUGGACUCGGAGUCUGUGGAGCGGUCAAACAGGGAAGUGGCAAGUCUGAUGCGAGACAUUUUCGGAAGCGACGAUUCUCAUGUCGAGAAUGUGGAAUCGAGGACAGCUUCGGCCUCGGCUGCGCCCUGUGAGCAGGCGGCUUCUUCGAUCCCCGAUCUUGACCAGGCUAUGUCGAUUGCACAUGCAGAUGCCUCUGCAGAUAUUAGUUUAGCAGCUUCAGGAGAGUUUGUGUCGACCGCUGGUGUCGUUGAUGAUGCACUGGGUUCCUUUGUAGGAGGGCUCGUCAAGCAAGAUGUUGCUAGAUUCGGCAGACUCGACGAUGGUCUUAAGCUUCCGUGGGAGAGUGAGUUCUCCAAGCUGCUUUUCGACCCAGAUUUCGUGUGGGACCCGUUGCAAGGCCGAAAGCAGGACUCGAUCUUUCCGCCCAUCACGCAUAAUGCCCAGGCUGCCCAUCGACCUCCAGCAGGACCCAAGGAGGCUCCUUCAGGUUCGAUUUUCGCUUGGGCCAUUGCGUUGGGUGCUGCAGCUCGCGAUCCCGCCGCAGAGCGAGAGCGAAAGAGGGAGCAAGGGAUCGGAAUGUGGAGUAGGCUUGUGCUGAGGUAUUCCGAGUGCUGCUCCCUUUAUGAGUGUGUCUCUCAAGGAUUGAGUGGCAGAGAAGCGGGCUAUGAGGAUGUUUUGGUGGCUGUCUCGGCCGCUGUGGGAGUGAAGUCACCGCACACCAUUCACAAGCGUGCCGCAUCCUUUUGGACCUUUGUUCGGUGGUUGGAUGUCCACGAGCCCUUGGCCCCAAGCAGGCUGCAUGAGGUGCAGGUGUGGAAUUUUGUGCAGUUCCUCAAGGAAACUUCUGCGCCGGCCUCCAAGGCCGCUUCGGUCCUGAGUGCUUUCAGGUUCGCUCACUUCGUGCUGGGGUUCCGGUUGUCGGGAAUCGUUGAUUCCAAGAGGAUUGCUGGAGCCACAGAACAACAGCUUGUCAAUGUUCGCAAGCUUUGCCAGGCGAAAGAUCUUACAGUCUCGCAGGUUCUUGAGCUGCACGCGAGGCUGGAGUCGGGAGCUUUGCAUUGCUUUGACCGCGCACUCCUUGCGUCUCUGCUGAUUAGGCUGUACGCUAGGGCUCGCCCGAGCGAUUUCCUGUUCGUUGAAUCGGUCGAGGUUGACUGCCCGCCUGGAGCAGACUGCCCACUGCUAGUGUUCGAAGUCUCCCAGCACAAGGGAGCCAGGAAGGUGCAGCUUAAGACCAAGCUCUUGCCGAUCUUGGUUCCCAUGAUAGGGGUCCAUGGAAAGUGCUGGAUUGAUGAAGCCUUGACCGCUUUUCGGAACGCGGGGAGAAGCCUGACUUCGGUUCGGGGUAAGUUCGGGUUCGACGAGGACCUGAAAAGCAUCUUGGGGAGGCAUGCUUCCUCAGUCAAGACAACGCAAGCCAUCUACAGCAGAGAGCUGUCGGCGGCGCCGGUGAGGUGUGCACCGGCUCAACGGAUAUUGUCCCCGGCGUAUCAAGCUGAAUGGAAUCUGGCAUCGGUGAGUCCUGACCUCCAGCUGAGGUCGAUGUGCAAAGCACAAUGCACAGACAUGCAAGCCUUUGGGGCACGGAUCCUGAGUGCAGCCGCAUGGCAGAUUCCUGGAGAAACAAAUGCGCUUCUUAUCGGGAGUCUCGGCAACUCCUCCCAGCUUACGGAUGGCUUCUGGCACACUGGGCUGCCAAGUGCCCUUCUUGCCCUUCCCUUUGCCCUUGGGGGGCUUCGCGAUUUUGGGAUCCCUCUCAACCCCGGGCUUAUGUGGUGUGGCGACCCUCUUCUUGCUUUCCUCCGACUUCCGCGGAAGGAGAGCUACAGUGACGUCGAAGGUCUCAAGCGUGGGGAGCAAAGCCCGAUCAACAGGGAGCUGGUGCACACUGGUCCUGGCAUAGCCUGGCGGGGGCUCUCGCCCCAUAUGCCCAAAGAGUUUGAGCACAUAACGUUCAUGCGCCACGUAGCUGGCGACACCGGCGAACUGGAGAGCCACACCUCGGUCAUUAAGCAAGAGUGCCUGACUCUCGAAAAGAAGUCGCUUGACGCUUCCUUUCUCACCCAAGAGGAUGACGAGGAGGAGGACUGCGAUGACUGGGAAGAGUCGCUGCACUCCUUGUCUGAAGAAGCAGAGUUCCCCGCCUCAGAAUCGUCGCUGCUGACCCCAGCUGAGCAAUUUUGUUCACAGCUUCGGGAAGGAAAGCUUGCCGAUGUUUUGCAAUUGAUCACCCUGCUUGAGAGUGAGACCCCAGCGAGGGGUCAAGAGGCACCAAACACUUUCUCCUGGACUUCAGGAGCAUAUGCCAAAGGACCGCUCAAAGGCGUCCGGAAACACACCUCAGUUUUCCCAGCUUGUACGCGCUUGUUGUGUAAGCUUGUGCUGCAAACUUUUCCAGAUGCCGACUUCACUGCUGUUGCGAUUUAUAAGAACCUUCAGACUGCCUUGCAUGUCGAUGUAAACAACGAGUUGGGGUCGCAAAACUACUUGAUUCCGAUCACCGCAUUCCAAGGUGGGGAGGUCUGGCAAAAAGGGCCUGGCAACGACAUCGUGCAGGACGAGCUAGGGUUUAGCCUUUCUGGGUCCUUAGUUCGGGUUGCCGAUGGGCCGUGUACCCUACCUUGGACUGGCGACCGAGUGCUGCUUGUCGCCUUCAAGCCUAAUCACGCUGCAAGCUUGUCUCCGGAGUACCGCCGACGCCUGCUGCAAGCAGGGUUUCCAGAAAGUGCAUUCGAUUCAGCGUCGUGCUCUCAGGGCCGCGACUCUACCUGCCCGCGGGGUGUGGUCCCGGCCCACUUGGAUGAACUGCCUUCUAAGCCCUGCGAUAAUUCUGCUUGCAUCACCGAUGCCGUCCCUGAUCCUGUAACCUGGUGCGACCCCUUAGUCAUUGAAUUGUUUUCGGGGUCCGGUCGGGUGACUGCCUGUCUUAAACAGUUGGGACUGUCAGCCGUCGGGGUAGAUGCUGACAAGCGCAGGUCCAUCUCAACCUGCCUACAGGCCGAUUUGGCCACGCCCAAAGGACAGGAGCUGUGCAUGGAGUGGCUAUCUUCGCUUCGAUUAGCCGGCCUCUUUGUGACUCCGCCUGCUCACUUGACCGAUGCUACGGGUCAGUUCUUGGCAGCAGCCUUGCUACAUGUCCUCGGCCGAGGGGCUGUCUGCGUUUUGGCCCAGGCGGGCGAUGGGACGUUUUGGAAAUCUGACUGCUGGACCAAGGUCUCCUCCAAUUUUACUUUUGUGUCGUGCCACGAAUGCGCAUAUGAGGGCAACCACUUGAGUACAACCAUUUUCGCUGUCACCGAUCGUUCAUUUUCGAAGCUUGCUAGGUUUUGCCCGGGCAGUCCGGGCAGCCCGUGCAGACAGGAGCGUAUGUCCGAAUGCCCAAUGCAUGGCGCCUACCCCGUGCGUCUGGCCAUGCAGCUGGCUUGCUGUUUUGCUCAGCACUUCGUGCGAAAGGGCUGGCGAUCGCCCCCGCAAUCUUUUGAUGCUUUCGAUCCUCGCUUGGAAGUUCCUAUGUCCCGUGCUUUGGCUGGUGCCCAGCCCCGUGCUAGCAAGAUACCGCCACUAGUUAGUGAGCACCAGCGGGUCAUAGUCUUGCAGCACCCUCCGGGGCUCGUGCUGCCCUGUCAGCCAAUGCAACGACUCAGCAAGCCGUGGCCCGUGCCGCCACAGUGUGGUGCCACCUUGGCACACAUCCCGGCAAAAGCUCAGCUGCUCCGGCACGUGCCGAUAGUCCAAGAUGGGGGGAAAGAACUGGUGAAAGUUGAUUCCUGGGAAAUGGCUUGGGGGUCGAUGGGCUCUGUGCUUCCGGCCCCCUUGAAUGCGGAGCUGCAGGCCAGCAUGCACCCUGAUGUUCGUGAAAUUACAGCAUCCAAACGCAUCCUUUUGUGGGCCCAGGAUCCCGCCUUGGCAGUCGAAGUUUGCACCAAGACUGAGAAGGAGCUAGAAGCAGGUCAGAAGGUCAGGUGCAUUGACAAUUUGACUUCGUCGGGGGUGAACCUCGCAGUGCAGGCAUAUGAGGCUCCGCAACCUCAAUCUACUGAUGUGGUUGCAUCCACGUGUCUUCGACUGCUGAAAUCCAUAAAUAAGAGGGCAGGCAAAGUCUUGUUCAAAAUCUUAGGCAAGGCGUUCGAUCUUACUGCAGCUUACCGGCAGAUGCCAGUCCACCCAGACACGGCCUGGGCAGCGUACAUCUGCUUCGUGCAUCCAGACACGAAUGAGCGGGUAUACUUUAGGAUGAAAGCCAUGCCCUUCGGAUCGUCAAUGGCAGUCUACGCCUUCCUUAGGAUUAGUCAUUCCUUGUGGUUCCUCGGUGCAAAGGCAUUGCUCUUGCCUUGGUCGUCGUUCUUCGACGAUUUCGUCACUUUUGCGACGACAGGGUGCUCUGCGUCGGCAGAGGCGUCAGUGACGGCGAUGUUCAAACUCCUAGGUUGGGCGUUCGCCGAGUCCGGUGAAAAAUCGAAUGACUUUGCUGAGUGUUUCCAGGCGCUUGGCAUCAUGGUUGAUUUGCAUGCAUGCCUUGAUGGCACCAUAAGCUUCAAGAACACUGCAAAGCGGGUUUCCGAGAUCAAGGCGUUUGUGGGCAAAGUGCUUGAGUCAGGUAGGUUGCCGCAUCACGAGGCACUCAGGCUCAGAGGCAGGUGCCAGUUUGCCGACUCGCAAAUCUUCGGCCGUACUGGAAAGAAGUGUUUGGGGUUGAUCACCGCGCAUGCUUACGGCUUUGACGAGGUCAUCAGUCGUGAACUCAGGACCUCUCUCGAGAGGUUCUUGCUUCGUCUUGAGGACGGGGCCCCGCGUCUGAUCAAGAUCCUUGAGGGAGGAUCGUGGCAUGUGUACACAGAUGCUUCGUAUGAACCAGGGGCAGGAAAUAGUUUCUGCGGCCUAGGUGGGGUUUUAGUGGAUCCUAAUGGGUCACCUCGAAAAUUCUUUUCCUUCGUUUUGAGCGAGGCACAGAAAAAUUUUCUUGGGGAGCAGAAUUCUGCCCAGAUCAUAUUCCAGGCGGAGAUGCUAGCAAUGGCUGUGGCGCUAGACGUUUGGUUGGAGGACUUGACGGGGCACACGGCAAUCUUCUUUGUGGAUAAUAACGGUGUGCGUGAUGCAGCUAUCUCUGCAAAUGCCCGAGCAUCAGUCGCUAGGAGACUUCUUGAGUCGUUUCUUCAGAAAGAGCAUAGCUCAGCGAUCAUUCCUUGGUUCGCCAGGGUACCAUCCCCUUCGAACCCGGCGGACGAACCGUCCCGGGUGGAGUGCGACAGCUUGAACUUGUUGGGGGUGCAACUCCUCAGGUCGAAUGUCUCUCGGAGAAUGGACAACUGCUUGAAGGACGUUCAGGGUCUUAAGUAA